AUGCGGCUCACAGAUGUCUUUCUGAGGGACGACUGCAUAUACCAUUACUAUGGCAUUGCUGUGAGAGAAUCCUCAAUAUACUAUGAUAUCAUCUACUCAAAGAAGGGAGCUGGUGGAUAUGAAUUGGGUGACCCUGCAAAGAAGGAAGCAUCUAAGCAGACAGUGGCCUACUCCCCCAGGUCCAAGCUCGGCACGCUCCUCCCUGAGUUCCCAGAUGUGAAGGAUCUGAACCUGCCCAGGUCCAUCCCAAAAGAGAAAGUGUCAACCUUCAUCAUGAUGUACCGCACCCAUUGUCAGCGUAUUCUGGAUACUGUUAUCAGGGCAAACUUUGACGAGGUACAAAGCUUCCUCUUACACUUCUGGCAGGGUAUGCCCCCUCACAUGGUGUCUGUGAUUGGUUCCCAGACUGUGGUGAACAUAGUCGGUGUGUGCGACUCCAUUCUGUACAAGGCCAUUUCCAGUGUCCUCAUGCCCACUGUGUUGCAGGCUUUACCCGACAGUUUGACACAGGUAAUACGCAAGUUUGCUAGGCAGCUGGAUGAAUGGCUAAAGGUUGCACUAGAGGACCUGCCAGAAAGUCUGUGCCAGAUGAAGUUUGACCUUGCAAGACGAUUCUCUCAAAUGCUGAGGAGACAAACAUCUUUGAAUCAUCUAUGCCAGGCAUCUCGGACAGUCAUCCAUAGCAGUGACAUCACAUCACAGAUGCUGGAAGAUUGGCAAGCAAUUGAUAUCAUCAGUAUUGUAAAACAGACAUUGUAUACUAUGGAGAAUGGGCGUGAGCAGGAAUUUACGCUCGUCAAAAAAUUGUACAAAGAGUUUGAGACUUUGCUAGAAGAGCAGGCACCCAUUGAGGCUUACACAGAGUGGCUUGAUCAGAUGGUGGAUAGAUGUGUAGUGAAACUGAGCAGCCACAAACCUGGGAGUCUUCGACGAAUAGCCCGUCAGUUUCUCCUAAUGUGGUCUGGAUUUGGAACCAGAGUCAUCCGUGACAUGACACUGCACAGCUCACCCAGCUUUGGUUCAUUUCACCUUCUGCACCUGAUGUUUGAUGACUAUGUGAUGUACCUGGUCGAGAGUCUUCAGGCUAGUCAACACUCCUCACAGCUGCUCCAAGAUAUGAGAGGAGAAAAAGAUUCAGUCUCUAAGGACUUGGAUGAUCCUGCCCUUCCCAAUAUUCAAAGCUCGAUGGUUGGCAUGGAAAGUAACUCCCAACUUUCUAUCACCAUGGAUACACACCCGACAUCCCCCAAUCUGGAUGCCUCCCCUUUACAAUCCUCUGUUGCCUCCCCCACAGGAAGUCAUAACUCCACCCUGAGGACCAGUCCCUACCAUUCUCCCACUGGCAUGGUACCAGCCAACUCUGCACUGCACACUCGGCAUGCUGUGAUGAAUGCAGGGAGUGUUCAGCUAGCUGGGGUUAACUCCAACCCAAUGGCCUCUCUUUAUACCACACAAGAGGAUACCAGUUCUCGGUCAGCAACAUCACAAGCAACAUUCCAUUACAACAGUUUCAGUGCUGUUGGCCAACCAGGCUAUUCUGCUGCAUCACAUGAACCAAGCUCUGGUGUCCAGAAUUCAGCUCUCCGUUUCAGUGGAGGCUACCCAUCUUCCUCACAAUACCACAAUGCAAGAUUGGGAUCAUCUGAUAAUGAGAUGGCGCCUUCCAGUAGUAUUGCCUCCCUUGGAGCUGCCUCAAGGUGGCCAGAUGCUACCAACUCCAGCUAUACUGUAAACUCUGACCUCCAGAACCAGUACACCUGUGUAGAAACAGCAGCUGUGUAUGGGUCUGCCAUGAAUCUUUCCCGACGUGGCAUGGAGUACAAUCAACCUGGCUAUCAGUACACUGGCACUGAGUCAAGACUUGGCCAUCCUGCAAAUGGCUAUGUGCCCCACUACCCUUCAGCAUAUGGUGCGGACGCCUAUUAUCAUGGCAACAAAAGAGUAGAGGAUAUUGGGACAAAGAGAAGAGCUGAAGAGGAAAACAUUUUGGGAGAGGGAUCAGGUGACCACAGUACAGUGAUAAGAAGCCCUCAAAAGCGAUCAUCAUAUUCUCAGCACCUAGGGUACUAUUCACAUAUGCAGACUGCAAGUUGAGCAGAUACUUUGAGAUAGUGUAAAAAACUUAUACUACACUGUAUACAUGAAUAAUACUAUGUUCCAACAUCAUGAUGAAAUCUAACAUGUCUACAUGUCCAUACAUAUAUACAUUGUAUAGUCUUAUUCAAGCUUGAAUGACAAAUCACUUGGACAUGCGUUGUGCAUAGACUAUGACAAAAGCAUUAUGUUCAAUCUACACAAUCUCAAACAAAUUGGCCACAAGUAGGAGACAGUGCAUUUGACACUAUUGAGUGAAAACUAUUUGGAUUUUUCAAGUCUAAUUUUUGCAAUAUAACAUUAACAUUACACAAAGAUUAACUGAUUCAAGAUCAAGAGGUCACAAAAUGAGGGUGAUAAAAACAUUGAAAGGGAAUUAUAAGAGAGCAAUCUUCUUCACUAAUUGGAAGGUCAUGUGGUGGAAUGGUCUGCCCAAGCGAGAUCGAGGAAGUGGUAUCAGCAUCCACUGUAAAUCCAUUAAAAAACAGCCUGGAUACUGGUAUUACAUGGAAUGCCACCCAGUAUUUUGUAUAACACUCGAUUUGGCUGUUAUCAGCAGUUCUGCUGCAUGGUCAUGAACCCACACUUAAUGUAAUGGAAACCAACUUUUAUGUGAUAAAGCAGAAUUAGGUACUAAAUGUAAUGCCCUAAAUUUGACACUUUUGCUAGCAAUUGUAUAUUCUUGUCCAUAACUACAAUAUUUUUUAGAUUAUUAGAUCUAUGGUUUUCUUUAGUAAAUGUAAAAUGAUGCCUUCGAUAAUUUGGGGUAUUAAGGACAAUAUUUAAAAGUGCUGACAAUUUCAUAUUUCUGGUCUCCAUCACAGACUUAAUUAUUUAUUGUAACUUACAAUUUAUUGAUACAAUUUAAAUUGUUAUAUGUUACGUGUAGCCUCAGCACCAGUGUGCAAGCAUGUCUGAACCUUGAAGACAGGGAAGAACAGAGUGACAAUAAACCGGAUAGUGAGUGUUUGUGAGUACUUGACCCCAACUAUUUCUGUGUACACCAAAAUAAAGUAAUAAGCCUCAUUGCAAAUGCCCACUUACAUUGUAUCCAUUCAACAAGAAAUCUUAUGUCAUAUUCCAAAAAGCAAUUACUCAAGCAACUGGAUAUGAUUUUGAAAACGUCAAACCU